AUGAAUGCCCUUGAUGGUGUCCCCUUCAAGGUGCCCAAGGGCUUUGUGAUGGACACAGAGCCCCACCCUGCUCCAGAGCUCAGUGUCCGGGACUGUAGAGAGCUUCUGUUGGGCUCGAUGUAUGACUUCAGCCUGGAAAAGCAGGCUCUCUUCUGGGUGGAAGCACUCGUCAGAGGUCCUUCUCCCCACCAAUGCAAUGACCUGGGGAUUGCGUCCGCUCCUCCAGCCUGGUUCUUACUGGUCAGUCCAAAAUACAGUCUGGUGUCUGCACUUGCUGAAGUCCGAGAUCCAGAUGCUGAACUACAAGAACCUCCCGAGGAGGAAGACGGGGAGGAAGAAGAAGAAAUAGGUGAGAAGAGGGACGAGGAAGAUGCCUCCUCUGCCUACGAGGAGGAGAUGGAGUCCUGUAGCCCUCGGCCCAGCUCCCCUGCAGGUCAUCGGCGCUGCUCUCUGGAUGUGCUGAGAAACAUGAGGUCUGAGUUGUCUGGUGCCCGGCGACGGCUCUCAGAGAGCAGACUAGCCACGUGUCCUCGAGCCCUUCUGCACCGCUUCCGAGGCCACCGCACUUUGAGUGUGAGUGCCAGCCUGGCGCCAGCCCCUGGUCCAGCACCGCAGCCUCCCAGCGUCCCCGAGCUGCCCCCACGACCAUCCACCGCCGGCGCCAUGCCUCCACUGCGGAGCCACAAGCCCACUGUCGCUUCUCUUAGCCCAUACACCUGCUUGCCACCUCUUAGUGGGACACCUCAGCCCCUCGGUUCCUAUAGAUUACAUCCUGAUUCAGCAACUGACCUGCUGUCUGCCCUGACCAAAGAGGAGCAAGAUCUCAUCGGACCAGUGGUUGCUUUGGGCUAUCCCCUGGGAAGGGCCAUUGUGGCUCUGCAGAAGACAGGAAGGCAGAGCCUGAGCCAGUUUCUCGGCUACCUCAGUGCCUGUGAGAGGCUGCUGCGGCAGGGCUAUGAUGAGGCCCUGGUGGAUGAGGCCAUGGAGAUGUUCCAGUUCUCUGAGCAACAGGCAGGGGAGUUCCUGCACCUCUGGCAGCAGUUCAGUGACAUGGGAUUCCAGCAAGAUCGGAUCAAGGAGGUGCUGUUAGUGCACGGCAAUCGGCGUGAACAAGCCCUGGAGGAGCUGGUCGCCUGUGCCCAAUGACAAGCCAGGACACUCUGUGAUGCAUGGCUGACCAGUGAAGUACCUGAUUCA